AUGAGCUGCUGGGUUGGCAGCUUCUCCUUUGACCUCUGCUGCUCGGGCGCCUGGGGCAUCGGGCUGACGUCCUGCUGGGAUGACGCCUUCAACUGGGACACAUGCUGUGUCCCCGAGAUGCAGCAGAUCCUCAUCGACAAAGGAUUCGACCUGCACGACGUGCAGGACCCGGAGAGGCUCCGCAGCCUCACGGCCUCAGAGGGCGUCCAAGGCCGCGGGGCGUGGCAGCAGGACAUGGCUGAGUGCAUUGACACCUACGACAAGACGGAAAACUACCGCUUCUACCGCCGGCACUCUGGGAUGCUUGGCCACGACAUCGCGCACGUGGGCAAUCCGGACGUGUGUACAGCCGGUGGUCAUAACUUCUAUUGGGGUUACGUGGUCUUCCGCUUGCCGCACGGUCAGCCUCCCAGAGACCUCGCGCUGGAGUUUUCUCUCUGUGUACCUCGAGCUUGCUCCUUCUCAGUGGUGGAGACGAUCUUCGUGCCUUACACACUCGGCCGCUACCUGGGCCGCAACUGGGGUCCUCAGACACCGGAGAUCAUGACGAGGUGGCAGGUGGAUGCGAUGGCUGAGGAAGUUGCCAAAGAGGACACAGUGCGAUACUUCGUCUAUCAGGUGGUGGCAUUGCACGCCCGUGGCCCCGCGGGCUGGUACGAGCAGGAGUGGCCCUACCGGCAACAGGUGUGGCAGUAUCAGCCCAGUUGGUGGCCGUCCCCCACGAGCUGCGCGGUCCUUGCUGCACUUGCGGCGCCGCCGCUGGUUGCUGGUAUUUGCCUGCAGCUGGUAAAGCGCAGUGGUUCGAGCUUCUGCCUAUCGGGUCUCCGCACCUUCGCUCCCCAGAGCCACAUCUACGACCUUUGGGUCACAAGGAGCGACGGCGAACUGCCCCAGCUCCACACGCUUCGCGUGGUGUUGCAGCUCCUGGUCUGCUGGCAGCACGCAGUCUUGUUGGUGGACUGGCUGGGCAACAGCGGCUUCGCUGGCAUCGAGGGCUUCCUGCCCAUCACCAGCCAAGUGGCCAAGGUGCUAGCAAGAGUGAACAACACCUUCGCAUGCCUCUCACUCGUCCUAAGCAUGCGGUCCAUGCAGCGGACGUUGGGCGCAGUGCGAUCUGCUGGCGGAGGGAUUGUGCAGUCCGUCCUGGCUGCCUUGGUCUGGAUGAUGCGAAGAUGGUUGAGGCAAGCUUGCGAGCUGGGCUUUUGGAUGUUCUUCUACCUUGUCCUGGCAAGGGAGAUUCCCUGGAAGCCCUUUCCUGACUUUACAUUCAUUUGGUACAAGGACGCCGUAACAGGGAACGGAUCAGCUGCGCAAAGACCCUGA